AUGGAGGGUUCCGACGGCAAGAAGAGCAACGUUGACACUUCGAAGAGGAAGAAAGACAUCGAAGACGACGACGACAACAACACGCCUAUUCAUAUAACCAGCAAAGAUAAUGCCGCAUCCAAAUUGAAGGGAGGGUGCGGCCCUUCCGUUGAGAGCCCCAAGAAGCGUCGCAAAUCCAUGGAUGGAGAAGCGUCUGCUUCUCAGCCUGAAGAUAUGAACAAGGCUGAUGAUGAAAAGGAUGCGAGUUCUGAUGAUGAAUCGGGCGACAAGUCUGAAUCUGAUGAUGAAUCGAGCGACAGUUCGUCUGAAUCUGAUGAUGACUCCAGCGACGAGUCUGAAUCUGAUGUUGAUGAUGAGGCUAAGGAGGAGACGAAUUCUUAUGAGUCUAUUGAUAUAAUGAACUGUUCAUCUGAAGAAGAUACUGCUGCAAACAAACUGAAGGAUGAGUGUGUUGAUAAAUCUAUGGAGGAAGCGUCUGGUUCUCAGCCUGCAGGCAAUGAAGAUGAAGAUGGUGGUGGUGAAGAAGUCGAUGUCACGUCUGGAUCUGAUGACGAUCAUGGCUCCAACGCUGAAGCCGAUGAUAAGCAGGAGCAGAAGAAUUAUGGUGAAGAUGAUGAUGAUCAUAAGGAGAAAAAGAAUUCUGAAGAAGGUGAUGAUAAGGAGGAGAAGAAGAUUUCCGAUAAGGAUAAGGAGGAGAAGAAUUAUGAUGAUGAAUCAUCCGACUCUGAAGAAGAUGAUAUGGAGAUGUGGAUGGCCAGAAAUACAUACAGACUGAAACGACACUUUACCUAUAGCAAUGUAAAAGAUGUUAAGGAGGUGGAGACGACGUCGUUGUCCAACGCUGAUGAAGAUGAUAUGGUAACGUGGAUGGCCAGACUGAAACCAUUCCAAUGGAAUGGUUUCAGCAGUAGCUAUGGAAUGAGGGCACCCCAGCAAGUAUCCACCACUGCCACCGGAGGAGAAGGAGAUAAGGGGGCGGAGACGACGUCGUCGGAUGAUGACCAGUCCAGCAAUGAAAAGCAGGAGAAGAAGGUAUCUGAUGAUAAGAAGGCUGAGGGAAACUGA